UUAAAAAUCACACCUUUACGUCGGCCACCACUAUGCUCCUCGCACCUCCUCCUCCUCCUCUGCCGCCGCCGCCGCCGCCGCUUGCCGCCGGCCGCUUUCUAUAUCCCCGACUCCGUCCACACCUUCACUUCUCUUCUCAUGCCUCCAUCUCCCACGCUGCCUCCGCCUCAACCUCGGUCGCCGCAUCUUACGAGUCAAUUCUCGCCUCCCUCGACUCCCGCCGCUACGACUUCUCUCCGCUUCUUGAAUUUCUCUCGUCCUCUUCUGCCUCUGCGCCCGUAUCCGGAGGCUCAGCCCAUGAGGAAUCCCCUCCGAUCAGCCUCGACCCCCUGGAGCUCCGACUCGCUGAGACUUACCGCGCAGUCCCUGCCUUCCAGUGGCACGCUCUCCUCAAGAACCUCGCCGUUUCGACCGACACCCUCCCCUCGGCCGCUGCGCUUGUCACUUGGCUCGAGCGACACCGCCUCUGCUUCUCCUCGGACCUCCUGUAUUCCAUCCUUAUCCACGCCCUAGGCCGCCACCGCUGCCUUGACCUCGCCCUCCAGUUCUCCAGUUCCGCCGUGCCGUCGCCUCUAACGCUCAAUGCUCUGAUUUCCGCCUCUGCCCUUAAUGGACGGCCCGGCCAAGCCCUCCAAUUGCUCUCCCUCCUCCGCCAACAUGGCUUCCUUUCGGAUCACCCAAACUACACUCUCAUCCUUCAGUCUCUCCUACGCUCUCCGGACCCGCCGGACCCCACCCUCAUCGAGAACCUUCUAUUCGAUCUUCUAUCCACUUCUCUCGAGCCUGAUGCGCGUCUCCUAUCGGACUUUGUGACUGCAUUUGCUCACGCUGGUGACCCCGAUCGAUCUCUUUCAUUGCUUGCUGCCACCCAAUCUCAGGGACUUACCCCGAAAUCAUCAGCCAUUGUCGCUCUCCUCUCCGCUCUUGGGGCCAAUGGCCGAGUUCCAGAGGCGGAAGCUGUGUUCUUGGAAUUCUACUCAUCUGGGCUUAAGCCUAGCACCCGUGCCUACAAUGCCCUGCUGAAAGGUUAUGUAAAGAUUGGAGCUUUGAAGGAUGCGGAGCUAAUUUUUCAAGAUAUGGAACAUUGCGGGGUUUCUCCAAAUGAAGCCACGUACAGCCUCCUGAUCGAUGCAUAUAUGAGUGCUGGUCGUUGGGAGAGUGCUAAGAUCUUGAUCAAGGAGAUGGAAGAAAAUGAUGUUCAACCCAAUUCAUACGUGUUCAGUCGGAUUCUUGCGAGCCUUCGGGAUAAAGGGGACUGGCAGAAGUCAUUUGCCAUUUUAAAGGAGAUGAGAAGUAAUGGAAUCCAUCCUGACCGUCAUUUCUACAAUGUAAUGAUUGACACUUUUGGCAAGUAUAAUUGCCUCCAUCAUGCAAUGGAUGCUUUUGAUAAAAUGAGGUUAGAUGGGAUCAAACCAGAUGAAAUUACAUGGAACACAUUGAUUGAUGCACAUUGCAAAGCUGGAAGGCAUGAUAAGGCAAUCUUUCUUUUUGAAAAGAUGCAGGAGAGUGGGAGUGGGUGCUCACCUUGCACAACAACCUACAACAUCAUGCUUAAUUCAUUGGGCGAGCAGGGAAGGUGGGAGGAGUUAAAGGAAAUGUUUGAGGUGAUGAAAAAACAAGGGUUGUUGCCUAAUGUGGUGACAUACACUACACUUGUAGAUGCAUAUGGAAAGUCAGGGAGGUUUAAAGAGGCAAUCGAGUGCUUGGAGGCCAUGAAAGCUGGUGGAAUGAAGCCAUCUCCUACUAUGUAUAAUGCAUUAGUGAAUGCCUAUGCACAGAGGGGUCUAUCUGAACAAGCUAUGAAUGCAUUCAAGGUCAUGAGAGCAGAUGGCAUAAGACCUAGUGUUCUAGUCCUUAACUCAUUAAUCAAUGCAUUUGGUGAGGACCGAAGAGUUAAUGAAGCUUUCGCUGUGCUGGAAUUCAUGAAGGAAAGUGAUUUGAAGCCAGAUGUUGUGACAUAUACAACUCUCAUGAAGACUUUGAUCCGUGUUGAGAAGUUUGAUAUGGUUCCAUCUGUCUAUGAAGAAAUGAUUUCUUCUGGGUGCAUCCCUGAUAGAAAAGCUAGAGCAAUGCUGCGGUCAGCUCUACGUUACAUGAAACAAAUUUACAUGCAGUAGAAUGUUCAGCACAUGCAAUCUAGUUGACAAUUCACAUGGGCCCAAUUGCAGGUUAUCCCCUUAAGUUAUCUUGAAGGUUUUUUUUUUUUGAUAUGGGAAACUCUACUGCAAGACUGUGGAACCUACUGUAACGAUUCUUGCUUGAGCAGCAAGGCUGACUGUAAUACUUGAAUGAGACAUUUUUUUUCAUAAUUCUGGCACCACAACAGAACAACCAAAGAAGCACAGAUUUGGAAGGUUAGUUUCAUGAAACAACCUGACUAGUGUACAAUGUGUAUACGUUCCCACGCAUUUGCCAAUUUAUGAACAUCACACUAACAUAUUUUGAAUACAGUAUUCAUUUUGUUGAGCUGUUCAAGAGUGAGCAUUUUCUGAUCUUGCUCAUCUGUCUGUAAAACAUGGAUAUGUGUAAAUUGGUUUCUCUGUAAAAAUAAAUUUGACUCAAUUGAUUGUGUAA